AUGGGCCAGACGGCCUUGGCAGGGGGCAGCAGCGACCCCUCCACCCCACAGGCGCUGUACCCUGACAGGUCUCGUCCCGAGGGCUUGGAGGAGCUGCUGUCUGCUCCCCCUCCUGACCUGGGGGCCCAGAGGCGCCACGGCUGGAACCCCAAGGACUGCUCGGAGAACAUCGAGGUCAAGGAAGGGGGCUUGUGCUUUGAGCGGCGGCCCGUGGCCCAGAGCACUGAUGGGGCCCGGGGGAAGAGGGGCUACUCGAGGGGCCUGCACGCCUGGGAGAUCAGCUGGCCCCGGGAACAGAGGGGCACCCACGCCGUGGUGGGCGUGGCCACAGCCCGCGCCCCGCUGCAGGCUGACCACUAUGCGGCGCUGCUGGGUAGCAACAGCGAGUCGUGGGGCUGGGACAUUGGGCGGGGGAAACUGUACCAUCAGAGCAAGGGGCCUGGGGCCCCCCAGUAUCCACCUGGACCUCAGGGUGAGCCGCUGGAGGUGCCAGAGAGGCUGCUGGUGGUACUGGACAUGGAGGAGGGAACUCUGGGCUACGCUGUCGGGGGCACCUACCUGGGGCCGGCCUUCCGCGGACUGAAGGGCAGGACCCUCUAUCCAGCAGUAAGCGCGGUCUGGGGCCAGUGCCAGGUCCGCAUCAACUAUCUGGGCGAAAGGAGAGCGGAACCACACUCCCUUCUGCACCUGAGCCGCCUGAGCCUGCGCCACGCCCUGGGGGACACCCGGCUAGGCCUCGUUUCCGCCCUGCCCCUGCCCCCUGCCCUGAAGCGCUACCUGCUCUACCAGUGACUGGGGGAACCACACGUGGCCCUGGGGCCUUGACUCGCCCCUCAGGGGCAGGAGGCACUGCUGGCUACCUACCACCAGGGAGGCUGCGGGCAGGCAAGGCUGUGUCCCACCCCCACCCCCACCUCAGGUCUGAGUGCCACCGCUCCAGAGCCACCACCCAGAGGGUGGAAGGGACAGAGCUGUUAGUCAAGGCUGUGGCAGCCUGGUACGCAAGACAUUUUUGCAAGUAAAAAUUAUAAGAGAUGUGCUGCUGUA